ACGUGGUGCGCGUGCUGUGGUCUCAAAUAGAAAAUUGAAACGGUGACACCGGGACCGGGACCGGGACCGGGUUCGUGUGGGGAGAGGAGAGAAGAGGAGGGUGCGGGACGUGGAGCUGACUGAAGACGAGAGUGAAUGCAGCCUGAAGAACAGGUGGAUGACAGGCAGCGCACAUGAAACAAUAAGCAGCCUGGAAAAACUCCAGAGACAACGCUGAAUACUCCAACACGCAGCCUGUGAGCUGAGCUGACAGGACAGGACAGGACAGGACAGGACAGGACAGGACAGGACAGGCAGCACGUUUUAAACCCAGAGAGGAUGGGUGACAUAGCAGAAGAUGAGACGAGCUUCUACACCAACGCAGAGGACUACUGGAAGGAGGUCCCGCCCACAGUGGAUGGCAUGCUGGGAGGCUACGGCAGCAUCUCCAGCAUUGACAUCAACGGAUCUAAAGCGUUCCUGCAGAAGUUCCUCGGAGAUGGGGAGGGGAAGACAGGGACGAGCUGUGCUCUGGACUGUGGAGCAGGCAUCGGGAGGAUCAGCAAGCGUUUACUUCUGCCUCUGUUCAACACCGUGGACCUGGUGGACGUGACGCAGGAGUUUCUGGACAAAGCCAAGACGUACCUGGGAGAGGAGGGCAAGAGAGUGGGCAACUACAUCUGCGGAGGCCUGCAGGACUUUGUGCCGGAGAGUGGACGUUACGAUGUCAUCUGGAUCCAGUGGGUCAUCGGUCACCUGACUGAUGACCACCUGGUGCACUUCCUGCGGCACUGCCAGAAAGCCCUGCGGCCCAACGGCCUCAUCGUGAUCAAGGACAAUGUGUCGUACGAGGGCGUGGUCCCCGAUGAGGUGGACAGCAGCGUCUGCCGCGACCUGGAAAUACUUCAUGGUCUGGUGGCCAGAGCGGGCCUCCGCAUCGCCCACGAGGAGCAACAAAUGAACUUCCCAAAGGAGAUCUACCACGUCUACAUGCUGGCUCUCAGAUAGAGGCCUGCGCCCUCCUCCGUGGGUUAGGAAGAAGGGAUGACUCAGUACUUCUAACAUGGAAACAAUGUUUUUCUAGUCAGCGUUUGUUACCUGUUUGAAAUGAUCUGCAGUGUGUGUGUUUGUGGAGUGUGUGUUGCUAACUCUUAAGUGUCAGGAUACGGCCACGUUCCACGUCUGUCUACAAACGUUGUCUCCGUCUCCUGUUUAAGAUGGACAAAUUCUGCCAUGUCAUGCCAGGUCAAGGUUCACCUCAGUAUGUGGAUGUGCCAAUAGAAACUGAUUGACAGUGUUCUGGAAACGUGCUGUGUCAUCGCCAUCACCAUACUGUCAUCGCUCAGUAUUUAUUUAUUACCCACGCUGGAACUGUGACAUCACUUCCUGUGUGGGAGUCCUUCUACGUCCGUUCACAUUCUGUGCAGCGUCUUCCAGCAGUCUCUUCUUAACACACACAUUUCUAAUGUUGUUCAGAGCUUGUUCACGGACACUUUGGAUGUUUUAUAACUUUAAAAAAAAGAAAAAAAGUUUGACAUGUCUGAAGUUCAUUUCUGAUCGCUGUGGUCACAUUGUCUGUAUUUUACUGGUUUUAAUGAGAGGAAAGGAGUCCUGCUCACAGUCUGAUCUGAUACUUCUACAUUGACCUCAAUCCUGAUGAAAUCUGUCUGACACAUGGAAGGUGUUGGAGGUCCUGGUUCAAACAUUUGAAAUGGCUAAGAUGCUUGUGUUUGGUGAGCUGUGUGGAGCAGAGGAAGUAGCUGGGCUCUGAACUUCUCUCUUUAGCUUCUCAUUCCUGGCACAUCAUGACAGAGACAGAAAAACAACAGCAUCUCUGAAUGUGUGCUCGUUUCAGUGGACAGCAGUGAUUAAACAUGUCGGUGAAUCUGUUUUGAGUACAUUAAGAUUACAUGACUUAGUGCUUCUGUUGAUAAUCAUGAAUCUUUAGUUUGGAGAGCUGGUGCCACUGAUGCUCUGUGUCUCUGAAGGAGCACACAUUGAUUUUAUGACACGAUUAUGUUUGGAUGAAACAUGAACAGUCCUCUUCAGACACUGUGGACUCACAUUUAACAGGAAGUCUUCAUCCUGAGUGAUGACUCAGCUGUAUCAUUUAAUUUUAUUUAUUACAACAUACUGCGAUCGGAUUUCAGUUGGUUUAGUUACUUUAAUAUGCAGCUGUGAUCAUGAAGAUUAAGUUUGUUGCUUUAUGAUGUAACGAUGAAUCUGUUUCAGCAGUCACUCCUUUUAACCUGAUACAGACGUAUGAAUCAGUGACUCUGCCAAUAGUUAUGCCAAUAAAAUCAUUUUGUCAAACUGGAA